AUGUGUUUUCGAACACGGGUCCGGCGAUCUCCACCUCCCAUCAUUUUUGUUCCGGAUUGUAAUGCAAAAGCCUCUGUUACUAUUAUUCCUUUAUUUACAAACCGAAGGAGGGAGAAAAACCAACAAAAACACACAAGUAAAAAGAAAGUGGAACUGUCACGAUGAAGUAAGGGCCACGGUAUCAAAUUAACAGCGGCGGAUAACUGCUGGGAAAAGAAAACAAAAUAGAGAGACAUUUGAAGCAUCUUGAGAAGGGAGAACAAAAUACACGUUAUUGGUCGAAGCUAAUAGGCCAGCCGGCGCGCAAACGCAGGCUGUCGGUGCAGGAGGAAGUGCAGGAGAGACACAUACGAGAGAUUGAGGCCUUACCUGGAGUCGAAGCUGUUAGUCCGUGAUCGAGGCGAGCGUUGGCCAUUGGUCCAGGCUCGCGGGCAGCCGUUGGCUGUUGGUCCGGGCUCGCGGUCAGUCGCGAGGUAGAGAAUGAGGCCCCGCGCGAGCGAUGCUCGUGCCCCGUGAGAUGGAGUCCAAGGCGCAGCCGCCGCCCCAGCAGCAGCUGGUCAUCCGCAUCAAGGUCCCGGACGGCGGCGAUGUGGACUGGAGCAUCCCGCUAGGCUCGCCGCUGCUCUUCAGGGAUAUGUUGGAUGUUAUUGGUCAGGUGUUGCCGGAUACAACAACCACAGCCUUUGAGUAUGAAGAUGAAGAUGGCGAUCGAAUCACAGUACGCAGUGAUGAGGAAAUGAAAGCCAUGUUAUCAUACUAUUAUACCACUGUAACAGAGCAGCAAGUCAAUGGAGAAAUGAUUGAACCACUACAGAUAUAUCCACGAGCCUGCAAGCCACCUGGGAAACGGAACAUACAUGGCCUGAAGGUAAAUACACGGGCAGGGUCCUCUAAUAAUAGCUGCCCAGCAGUCACAGAAGGCCUGCCGAACAAUAGGUUGAAGAAAUCUUCUGCUGAACUUAAGAAAAUACUGGCAAAUGGUCAGAUGAAUGAACAGGACAUUCAGUAUCGAGAUAUCCUCGGUCAUGGCAAUGGAGGGACAGUAUACAAAGCUUACCAUGUUCCAAGUGGAAAAAUAUUAGCAGUUAAGGUUAUUCCUUUAGACAUUACACUUGAAGUUCAAAAGCAAAUUAUGUCAGAGCUAGAAAUUCUUUAUAAGUGUGAUUCGUCGUAUAUAAUAGGAUUUUAUGGAGCAUUUUUUGUGGAAAACAGGAUAUCAAUAUGUACAGAAUUCAUGGAUGGAGGUUCUUUGGAUGUAUAUAGAAGAAUCCCUGAGCAUGUGCUAGGGAGAAUCUCUGUUGCAGUUGUGAAAGGCCUUACCUACCUCUGGAGCCUAAAGAUUUUGCACAGAGAUGUCAAACCCUCUAAUAUGCUAGUGAACACACGAGGACAGGUCAAGCUGUGCGAUUUUGGAGUAAGCACCCAGCUGGUGAAUUCAAUAGCCAAAACAUAUGUGGGAACAAAUGCAUACAUGGCGCCUGAAAGAAUAGCAGGUGAACAGUAUGGAAUACAUUCAGAUGUGUGGAGUUUUGGGAUCUCAUUUAUGGAGCUUGCUCUUGGGAGGUUUCCAUAUCCUCAGGUGCUAAGACCUGGGGAUGUUCUGAAUGAAGUGAUUCAGAAAAACCAGGGAUCUUUAAUGCCACUACAGUUAUUGCAGUGCAUCGUUGAUGAGGAUCCACCAGUCCUUCCGGUUGGAGAGUUUUCUGAGCCAUUUGUACAUUUCAUCACUCAGUGCAUGAGAAAGUUGCCAACAGAAAGACCUGCACCUGAAGAUCUUAUGGUUCACCCAUUUGUAGUGCAGUACAAUGACAAGAACGCAGAAGUGGUUUCCAUGUGGGUUUGCAGAAUGCUUGAAGAGAGGCGCUCUCAACAGGGUAUCCAGUGACCAACCUCACCAGUCUCUACAGACAAAGGAUGUUAUGAAGAUAACAAAAUCUCAGCAGCAAAAGCAAUUGUUUUUUUCCCUCCAGUGUUGCCAGAUCAAUGUAGCUGAGUGUUCCGUGACCACAGCAUGCCUUAUAUUAUCUCAUCUGAGCAGACGACAUCUGUAACUGUCCUCUGACUUGGCAGGUGGUCUCAAUUACAGCCACCAUGAUGUGAUCUAUAGACUGUCUACGAAAAGGGGUAUAUCACAGGGGGCCAACACAUUACAAGCAGCAGUGUCCAGGUUUUCACAUCUAAUUCACUGCACAGUUUAUGUAUGCCUGUUUGCCCUGUGUGAAUUCUGACAUAAUCUGCCCUAUAUCUGUAAACUGGUAGCAUUGUUACUAAAGAGAAUGAUCUUGUCAUUGGAACAGGAGGUAUGAUAAACUCGGUAUGCAAGACAAUGAUCUGCCAUUCUCCGCUGAUUGAAGGCAAUUAAUAUUUUGGAUAUGUACUUAUUUUCCUGCAAAUUCGUUAUAGCAUUUCAGAAUGCAAGUAAAUAUAAAGCCUUAAAUUUAUUAUAAUGUUGCAAUGAUUUUAAAUGAUUUGGUCAGACUUGUAACAAAAUUCCAAAUCUUUGAUCUGCAGUAAUGGUGUUUAAUAUUUGAAUUUCAGUUUUGGAUAAAGUACUCACAUUAUGUACAGUUUUUUUGUUGAUAAAUUCAGCUAGAAUAUUUCCAUCUUCUAUUGUGCAUUGCACUGAUCACUGGUAAUCUGUGCAGGCACACAAAUGCCUUAUAUCAUAAUAUCAUGUUCCUUUAUCAUGUUCCUUUGUUCAGUAAUGUGCAGUUUCUGCUGAUUUUCUAAAACUUUGCAUUAAAUAAAAAAGUUAGCAAAAGCCUAAUAAUGGUAACAAACAAUGGAAUUCAUGACAAUAACUUACUAAUUCCUCAAGGUGGCUAAAAAACAUACAAAUCUAUAAAAAUGUGUAUAUCAUCCAGCAAUGAUGUUUCACCCAGAAGUUUGAGACUUAGCAUAUCAAAAACUAGAAAAGUAUUUUGUAUGUUUAUUUAUGUAGUAUUCACUUUAAUGUCCCUGUUUACCUUACAUGCACAGAUUUUGCAUCAGGAAAGUAGUGGAAUAUUUGACAAAAACAAUUACAUUUAACAUCAAUACUAUAUGAGUGGAUCAUGCUAAGGAAGAAUUAACUUUCAUUUAUGUGGUGUUUUUGAUGUUCUCCAAAUAUAAAAGCCAAUGAAAUAGAAUUGCAGGAUAGAAGAAUAAUUACAACACAAAAACAAGUCAUUUGGACCAACAGGUGCAUGUCAGUAUUUAUGCUUCAUGUGAGCCUCUUAUCAUUUUCCAUGCAUUUAUGUUGACAUGUUUUUCUUUUCUCCCUCAUGUAUUCAUGUAUCUUCCCAUUAAAUAUAUCUGUGCUGGUUGCUUCAUCUACCCUUUGUGGUAGCAGGUUCCACAUUUCUGACUACUCCCUGGAUAAAAAUAUUUUGCCUGAAUUUCCAA